CGUUGCACGGGUGGCCAUUUCUUUGAGUUGAGUGGUACGCGGCUUGUUUUGGUCCGGUCCGGCCUGUCCUGGCGUGGAUUUUGAUAGCGGCCCGGAGAUGGAGUUCGCCGAGCUGAUUAAGACUCCGCGGGUCGAUGGUGCCGUCCUUCAUCGACCCUUCCAGCCAAGGGUAGAGGGCACACUCUGUCUGACUGGUCACCACCUUAUACUCUCGUCCCGACAGGACAACAAUGAAGAGCUGUGGCUGCUACUUAGCAAUAUCGAUGUCAUCGAGAAGAGGUUUAUAGGAACAUUGGGUACCAUUACGAUUAAAUGUAAAGAUCUCCGUAUUAUCCAGUUGGACAUUCCUGGCAUGGAUGAAUGUUUAAACAUUGCUAGUUCUAUUGAGGCUUUAUCCACUCUGGAUUCCACUACAUUAAUGUAUCCUUUCUUUUUUCGACCGAUGUUUGAGGUCUUAGAAGAUGGAUGGCAUUCCUUCCUUCCAGAGCACGAAUUCACUUUGCUUUCUGCAAUGACUAAUGAGUGGCGACUUAGUUACGUGAACAAAGAUUUCGCUGUCUGCCUGUCCUACCCUCCCAUUGUCACCGUGCCAAAGUCAAUUGAGGAUGAGGUUCUGAAAAAGGUUGCUACGUUUCGUCAAGGUGGUCGCUUCCCUGUCCUCAGCUACUAUCACAAGAAGAAUGGAAUGGUAAUGAUGCGCAGCGCACAGCCAUUGACUGGAACCAACGGAAGAAGGUGCAAGGAAGAUGAAAGAUUGAUUAAUGCCACUCUACGAGCAGGGAAACGUGGUUAUAUAAUUGACACCAGACCACUUACUGCUGCUCAGCAAGCCAGAGCCAGAGGAGGUGGCUUUGAACAAGAGGCACAUUAUCCUCAGUGGCGACGUAUUCACAAGUCCAUUGAAAGGUACCACAUUCUUCAGGAAAGUUUAAUUAAACUGGUUGAAGCUUCUAACGACCAGUCCCACAACAUGGAUAGGUGGCUGAGCAAAUUGGAGGCUUCUAGCUGGUUGUCACACAUAAAGGAAAUAUUAACCACUGCUUGCCUAGCUGCACAGUGUAUUGACAGAGAAGGUGCAUCUGUAUUGGUUCAUGGCAGUGAAGGCAUUGACUCCACCUUGCAAGUCACCUCUCUUGCCCACAUUAUCCUAGAUCCACAAUCAAGAACAAUUAAUGGAUUUGAAGCCUUAAUAGAACGUGAAUGGUUGCAGGCUGGCCAUCCAUUCCAGCAACGGUGUGCUCAGUCUGCGUAUUCCAAUUCCAAGCAGAAGAAUGAAGCUCCUACAUUUCUCCUCUUUCUGGAUUGCUGCUGGCAGAUCCAGCACCAAUUUCCAUGUUCAUUUGAGUUUAAUGAACAGUUCCUAAUCGUGUUAUUUGAACACGCUUAUGCCUCCCAAUUUGGGACCUUCUUGGGUAACAAUGAAAAUGAAAGGGGCCGUGGACAAUUCUGAUUUGAUGGAGACGGAUGUGAAAGCACAGAGGAACAUCUGGAAAAAUUCCUGAAAUGCUCGCUCGCUGCUGUCGUUACUGCAUGGCCGGGAAUCUUUCAACGGGUAGGCCGCAAAAUCCCCGGCUUUGCCUGCUGUUGGCGACCGAGAUUGAGGUCGAAUCGUUCGGACAGAGAUGGCGCUCAGUGCUCGGUGUCAGAGAGCUGAUUCGGAGGCUCGAAGUUUUCGGAUGACUCAGAGAUGGAUUGUGGUCGGGCAUGGCAGGGAGAGUUUUUCUUCCUUCUCCCAUCUGCGUGAGAUGUGGGACAUUUCAGAGACUUUGAACUUUUACUGUGCUCAUGGAUUUCUUCAUCAAGUUAUGGUAUUGUUGCACUGUUGUAACUAUAUGUUAUAAUUAUAUGGUUUUGUCAGUUUUUUCAGUCUUGGUCUGUCCUGUGUUUUGAUAUCACACCGGAGGAAAUAUUGUAUCAUUUCUUAAUGCAUGCAUUACUAAAUGACAAUAAAAGAGGACUGCGUGUCUUCAUAAUCUAAUAGCAACUGAGGUUCAAUUCCAUCGCCCUCUGUAAGGAAUUUAUACAAUUCUCCCUUUGACUGUAUGGGUUUCUUCUGGGUGUUGCGGUUUCCUUCCAUGUUCCAAAGACCUACUCUGGUUAGUAGGUUAAUUGGACUUGUGAGUAUAAUUGAGCAAAUUAUUAUAGUAUAGAAGGUUAUUUAAAUUAGGGAAGUGAAAAGGAAUAUAGUGGUAAUGAGAAACAGUAUACUGGGAGAGACACAAUAUGUUUAUUUCCAGGCACAAUUAAGUCUGAAGGCCUUGUUGCUUGGCAAAUGCUGGGGUUAAGAACAUCUCUGCAGUCCCAUUUACUGGAGUCCAUGUAGGAACAGACUUCAUAGUCGAAGGGAGGAAAUACUUUUCAAGUGAAGGAUCAACUGUGAUCUUAUUCAGUGGUAUGUCAGGCAAAUAAAAUUAAAUCCUUGAACUUGUCAGCAUUGAGAAAGGCCAUUUCACCCUUCCUCUUUGAGAGAAUUCUGCAAUCCCAUUACCCUGCCAUAUCACCAUUCCUUUCUUAAAGCUAUAUUAUUUUACUGGUGGCACAUUCCUUUCCACAUAGUUUUUUCACAUGAUCAUUGUACUUGAAAACAUUGCAUUUUGAUUCCUUUUCCAGGUCAUUCAAUCACAAUUAACCUGAUCUUGCAGCAGAGAUAAUUAGAAUAUUAUAAAUUCAAGAUCACAGAUCACAUCUACUUAAACUUUGGGCAAUGUUUUUUUUUUCUCUUACAAUGUAACCUAAGCAGAUGAAGUAGUUCUAGUAUUUCUGACUAAUUUUUCAACAGUUGGAACUAGAAAUAUUGGCACAGGUCUGGAGAUUUUUAGACUAAGCACUAUGAUAGGUUUUUACCCUUACUAGUAAAUGGUAUUCCAAUAAAAACAGUAAAUAUAUGAUUCAGUUCUUUGAGUUAUUUAGAAAGAGGAGGAAUGUGAUGAAUAUUAGCAUUUACCACACAAAAUUUUCUCUCUGAUUUUGGGUUUUGAAGUUUAUGAGGCCAGAGGAAGAAAAUGUGAUUAUUUCCUUCCUCCACAGGGAGUCAUUUUUUUUAGAGAUUUAGAAGCUGCUAUAAAACUAAUUUACCUAAAAUGUCCAAGAAAAUUCUAAAAUUGCACUAAUUAGCAAUCCAUCAAAAGUAAUAUUUAUUAUCUUCAUGUUGUGUAUGUAUCUUCAGCUAAGAUCAGUCUCUAAUUUUAUGACAUAAUCUCCUGGAUUUUACACUUGUUUAUCCAGCAGCAGCACUGGUUGCUGACCUCAAACAGAUGGCUACAGCAAUUUUGCAUUUGGUUUAGUCUGGCCAUCCUUUUCUCACUGUUGUAGCAUGGAUGAAAUCAGCGGAGAGACAGGGUCACUGAUAGAUACAAAGCAGCUUCUUUAUUCGACACAACAAGCAGGCAUCAUACAGAGACGCUUUCGGGAGAAAGGUCUGCUAGCUCAAUGUGGGCUCGAUAUUUAUAUGCUAAACACAAAGGCAAUCACUACUUAAAAAGUUAUAGACAAUGCAUAGACAAUGCUUCCUAUUGAAGCUACAUACAAAAUAUCACACCAUCCUUUCCUUCCGACACCAACGUGUCUGGGUUGGCAUCCACAGUCUUUAGGAAUGCAAGUUAAGUCUACGAUACAUUUAUUUGGCAUUUCCCGUGCUAACAUAGAAGACAAUUAAUAUUUAUAAUGUAUAGAUAAUACUGUCUUCGAAACUACAGCAUCAGGUCAAACUAUGGCGUCAGAAACAUCUGGUAUUCACACCCUUUUAGGAAGCGCAUUGUUGUGGACUCAAUCCACAGUACUUUGUCAAAUAGAAGUCUGGUGGCCAAAGUCAUUCAAGUGUAAACAAAUCAUCUACCCAAAAACUCACUCUAACACUCACAUGUGAGUUGCUCUCAGGCUUCAGCUCAAGAAAAUCACUGACCUGCAGCUGCAGCGGAAGAUUUUUAAAUUGGCUUAUCAUGCAAUCACAUUAAAGAAUUCUCCCACAUAGUGGAAGUAAACUAAAAUGUAGUUAUGCAUGCUAUACGUAAAGAUGGGAAAAUACAUUUAAGAUUAAGGUAGAAGCUUUUUAAUUUUCAUUUUAAAUAUGGUUGCAAUUGGCAGUUCAAUAAGCUGUCACAUCCUCAUUUUUAGGUAAGCUUGGUGUUGCCCUGGGCUGGUCUUUCUACACUCCCCUUUGAACCAGGGCUGAUCUGAGGACUUGGUAGAAGUUGUAGUGAGGAAUCGAAGUAUACAGGUUAUGGUGGUAUUCAUUCCUGCUACUUUUGAUGGUUAACAAUCCUGGAUGCCCGUUUUUGACCAGAUCCGUUCUCAGUCUAUUCCAUUUGGUACAAUUUCAGUAUAGCGCAACAGAAGAACAUUCUCAGUAUGAUGCUGAGACUUUAUCUUCACAAGAUUACAUGGUGAUCCCUUCCUCUGUAGAUGGAUAAAUCCAUUAUAGGUGGAAUGAAGUCAAGAUGGUUUAACCCUUAUGAUGUUUUGCUUGCUAUUUGCUACAUACUGUACUCUGAUUGGUAACAAAGGUCUUCAGGAGUCGGCCAGUAUUGAGUCUGUCAAGCCAUUCUUUGUAGUAAACAAUGCAUUUUCAUCCCUCUGCUGCUCCAUGCUUCCAAGUGUUGUCCAACAUGGAACACUAGCUCAUUGGUUGAGGAAGGACUGUAUUGAUAAUCAGGAGGUAUAUGUGCUCAUGUUUGGCCUGAUGCAGUGAGUCUACAAUCAUUGUUGAGAACUCUCAAGGCUAUUUCUUUCCAUUGGUGUACCAAAUUCUGAGGAAUUUUUUUUUAGUUUAGGGGGUUCUUGCUUAAAAAUUCUUUUUCAUGCUCAAUUAUUAACAGAUUGGGGGGUUUAAAUUACAUAUCUUACUUGGAAUUUGUGUCUGUAUACAUUAACUGUUAUUAAUGUGAUCCCGAUUUAUUUGUAUCAUUAUUAUUGUUAUGCUUAUUAACCUGAAACUUAAUAAAAAGAUUGAAAAAGAAAAAAAAAUUCUGAGGAAUUUCUAUGGAUUGUUCAUCCAGGCCUCCAGAUUGUUUUUGGUAACUUAAAUGCAAACCAUAAGAGGUUGUGACAGAGAACAGUUUCAGAUGUCGGAUUUAAGAUGUGCUGACUUGCGAUAUGAGUGAGAUUAUGUUGGAGCACCAAAUAAUUUGAUUUGUGUUAUUUGAUAAAUUAGUAACUAAGUUUAUUUUAAGCUAGGUGCUGGUAAAUAUGAAUUUA